CCGAGGAAAGGGCGGGGUGGCAGAAGUUUCAGUUCAUGUUGACGCGUCCACUUGAAAUCGUCAGUUAAACCAAGACGACGGGCCACCAUGGACAAAAUAGGGACCAUCGUCAAGAUCUCAUGCCAGAUCUACGAGAUGGUCCACACGGUGAAGAGCAACAAGAAACGUUGCCUGCGGCUUGGUCAACGAGUGGAUGCCCUGAAACAGCUGGUGGAGUCUAUCAGCAGGGAGCCGCGUGGAAGUGUCCCACCCACUGUUGAGAACGCUCUUAAUGAGUUGGUCAAGAUCUUAGAAUCAACACACGACUUCAUCAAAAUGUAUUCAGACACUGAUUACAUACUUCGUUUCAUUAAGUGCAAAAGCCAUCAGGAGGAGUUUGCGAUCUUUAAUGACCAGCUCACAGAGAGCUUCCAGAUUCUCUCGCUGGGCCUGCAGGCAGAGCAGAGGGGGAGCAUGGAGAAGCUCUUUUCACUUGCAGAUAGACAACAUGAAGAUGAGGUGGACCGGAAGCAAGACAUCGAAGCAAUGAAGAGAGAUCUCAAUGAGCUUUUGAAGGAAGCACGUAUUGCCAAAGACAUGUUGGAAAUCAACACAAUUACCAGGGAAAACAUUACAUUUAUCAAACCAAAGGAACUGAUCUAUGAUCAACCCAAAACGCCAUUUGAGAAGACAGAGACUUCUGAAUUUUACAAAGGAGAAUUCAACAAGUUCCCAGUGGCCAUCAAGACAUACCUGAAAACUGCGAGCCUCAGGGAUGUGAAGCAGUCUUUCAAGAGAGAUGUUGAGACCAUGAGGAAGUUCGAGUCUCCCCACAUCCUGAGAACGUUCGGAAUCUGCAUUGACCAAAAGGACAAUGCCAGUCCAGUGUACAGCAUUGUCAUGGAGUACUGUGAGAUGGGCAGUCUCAGAGAGGUUCUGGACCGGAAAGAACUUGUGCUGAUCCUAAUGAACCAGGCUCAGAUGUGUCUGGGCGCCGCACAUGGACUCUACAGGUUGCAUCAGACAGAGGCCAAGCCGAGGGUUCACGGUUGCCUCACCAGCAGCUCGUUCAUGGUGGCCAAAGGCCUCAUAGUAAAGUUGUGUGAUUUUGAACUAUCGCAAACUGAGUCGUCAUUGCUGAGAAAUCCACAAUCCAAUCGGAAGAAGUCAAUCGGCCAUUGUGCACCUGAGCUGUUCACAAGUGCCAACAUCCCCUACAAGAGUGAGAUUUACAGUUUUGGAGUUGUCCUCUGGGAGAUAAUAACUCGAAAGACACCCUGGGAAGGUAUGUCCAAGGUAGAAAUUAUGAAAAAUGUUCAUGACAAACAAGAGCGGGAGGAGAUCACUGGUGACUGCCCUCAAGAUCUCAGACAGAUAAUCGAUGACUGUCGGGCAUUCAAGAGCUCAGAGAGACCUUCUGCAAGGGUGGUUCUGGACCGACUGCUCAAAGUGGUGAUGAUGCUGGAAAAAGAGACGUUUUCGACUGCCCCACCAGUUUGAAAUGCAAAAAGUGUUGAUGGUUUUCCAUGCAGUAAAAACAGGUUCUUUUGGUAGAAGAUGAGUGGGGUCGGACUGAGGACGCAGAUUAUUAGUUGGUAAAUUGUACUAAAUACAGACAUCUGGACAGUGCGCUGACAGCUGCUGCUGGACAGAGGACUGUCUCUUCUUUUCACUCAAGGUGUGGCCUGAGAGGCGAGGGCUUGAUGUAACUACUGACAUGAGUUGCCAUUCAUCAUUUUAUCCAUACUUAACAUUACCAUGGUUCAAUAUCUAUACCUAUUUACAUUUUUAAUCACUUACAUUGUGGUAAUGUUUAUAUCAACUAUUAUCAUUGACUGUCACUUAUAGGACAUUUAUUUGAGUAUUAUACUAUGUAUUACGUUUUUAACCAAGAAAAAUAAGGUUUGUGCUUUAUGCGGUUUGCCGUAGUAGUGAAAGUCCUCAAGUGUGUCUGGAUUCUGUGGGUUUAUCUCUCACAGCAGGUCUGCUAAUUAACACACAGAGAUCACAGGGGACGCAAGCGGCCGGCACCCUUUCAAGAACUGAACCCCCACCAAUUCUCAACAGUCAUUUGACGCCUUUCAGAACUAGUGUGAGUGGCCUUCUGAGUUGUUUAAAAUGAGUAUUCAGGCAUGAUACCUGGCAGCUCAAAGCAAGGUGUUAUUUCCACCGGGAAACAACAAAGAUAUAUUUGCUUUUCCUGGAUUAAAGCAGUAUUUCUUCUCCAAAGCAUUAGCCACACGUGAAAGUGGACGGAACAGAAAACAUUCAUUCAGUGGUCUCUUUUUAUACAUGUACUGUACAAUCUAAUGCAGAUAUCAGUUCCAUAAUGUUAUAUUUUUAUUCUGACUGUAUUCAUUAUAUUAUAUAGCACAUUUGGAGUCAUUUUAAUGCACUUAUCAUUGUUAGAUGCUAUUCACAUCACUUAUAUCACAAAUUAUAUCGCAGACUUUCCCAUGAAGUUUUCAGUCAUCUCUGCUUUGACAUUCAGUUGCAUAUUGAUCUGAUAAUUAUCUUCUCUGUUCCUUUCCUACUCUGUUCACUGCCUACUAUCCUUUGUUAAAAUAAAUUUAAUAAAAACAUUUAAUCAG